AUGGCUGACCCAGCACAACAACUGACCCUAGCGGUCCACCACCACGGCACUACACACCCCAUCACUCUCCCCGCAGAAGCCACCCUCCAAGACCUCUCAGCAACCCUCGCCUCAACCUUUCACAUCCCAAUCGAGAACCAGAAACUCCUCAUCGCGCCUAAACCAGGCAUGCAAAAGGCACCCUUCCCACCAACUCCGCUAUCCGAAACCAUCCCGCUCUCCUCCCCAAAACUCAAGAUCACCCUCCUCGGCACGCCCACGCGGGAAAUCACCACCCUAAACACCCAAGGCGCAGAAACCCGACACCGCGACGAAAAGCGCGCUGCUGCUCAGGCCGAGGCACGCGCACACCUCUCUUCAUCUUCCUCAAGACGCACAGGCGCAUCAAUCCACACCUUAUCCUCCUCUAGCAGCAACUACACCUUCCACCGCCUCGAACCCCUCCCUCACCUCCCCAACCCCUCACGCAGCCUAACCUUCCUCCAACGCCUGCGCGACGACCCAGGCAUCCGCGCCGCAAUGGCGAAUCACCAGUUCUCGGUCCCGCUGUUAACGGAGAUGGAUCCGGCCGAGCACACGACGUCCGAGUCACGCACGCUCGGGCUGAACCGGAAUAAGGGCGAGGUGAUUGAGCUGAGGCUCCGCACGGAUGCAUACGAUGGGUACCGCGAUUACAGGACGAUUAGGAACACGCUGUGUCAUGAGCUGGCGCAUUGUGUGUUCUCGGAGCAUGAUCGGGAUUUCUGGGAUUUGACGGGGAGGAUUGAGAAGGAGGUUGAGAGGGGGGAUUGGAAGCAUGGUGGGCAGAGUGUUGGGGGUGCGGGUGGUGCGGAGUUUUAUAACCCGGGGGAUUGGGAGGUUGAGAGGGAGGGGGGCCAUGUGCAUGAUGAACGGGGGUGGGUGGGGAGUUCGCAGGUUUUGGGAGGACGGAGUACUGGUAGCAGUGCUGGUGGGGGAGCGAUGAGGGAGGCUAUGGCGAGGGCGGCGGAGGAGAGGGCUAGGAAGGCGAGGGAGGAGAGGGGCGGUCCGUCUUCUUGA